UGUAGCGCGACGGUAGAAGCUCCCGAGAGCUUUCCCCAAUCAGAACAAGUGAUGCGUUAAGUGAAAAAAGUCAGCAAGUGUUUCAAGCUGCAGAAGGAUUCCGCGCAGUGAGAAACGCAGGAUUAAAGCCUGUAAAAAUUGUAAAUAGAAAGGACUGUUUAACGAGAUUUUUAGUGUUUUCACGCCCUAAUUAAGAAACGACACCUAUUUACAAUGAAAAUGGUUUCUAGAGUGAAAAGCAUUUUUUGCUUCCUGUUCGUGCUAGUUGCUGUACAAAGGAUACAUACUCAAAGGGAUUAUUGCGACAAAACUUUGUGCAAAAACAAUUUGCCUCACGUCGCUUGUGGUAAGAGUGAUAACUAUGGUCCAUUCUGUCCGGUCAAUCGGGAGCUGGUAAUUCUGACGGACGACGUAAAAAAGUACAUACUAGAUUUGCACAACCAGUUUCGAAGCACUGUAGCACGGGGUGAUGCUCCCGGAUACUCUCCUGCCUCGCGAAUGCCCACGUUGGUAUGGGAUGAUGAACUGCAGAAGCUUGCAGAGUACAACGUGAAGACUUGUAUUUAUGGUCACGACUACUGCCGAAAUACGCCUGAGUUCCCGCUGGUCGGACAGAACAUCGCGGCCAACUCGUUCUACGGGAUGGAAGUGACUCCGUUGGAUACCAUGACCGAAUUACUGUACAGCUGGUAUGGUGAAUAUGAGAACGGCAACAUGGGAUAUAUAGAUUCCUAUCCACUACAGGGGCAAGAUCCACCCAAGGACAUUGGCCACUUCACUCAGAUAAUGAUGGAUAAGGCAGUAUCGAUAGGAUGCGCGAUGAUUCAAUACACACAAAACGAACAAGGGCACGACUGGGUUCAUCAAAACUACGUGUGUAACUAUUCCAAUUCAAUAGCCCGAGGCCAUCCGGUUUACAUCAAAGGACCAACUUGUUCCAAGUGUCAAACUGGUUGCAGCCAGGUAUAUCCAGGUCUGUGCAAUACUGGUGAGGUUGUAGAACCGACCAAAACGUAGACACGUGACAUUGACUACGAUUAGACCAUGCAGUAUAGAUAUUCUAUCAGAUAUGAGUGUACGAAAUGACAUCACUAGUUUAUCUCAUUCAAAUGUAUGCCCCAAGGACAAUGAUAUAAAUUAUUUCAUAGAAAUCGAUCAACGUACAA